CUUUGGAUUCUUUGUGACGUUAUGGCUCAGCCUUAGCCCACGCCCGCCCCUUGUAGCCAAUGAUAUGCCCCAGACGCGGGAAAUGGAGAACCAAUGGCAGCGUGGCGGUCGAUAUACAAACCUGCUUCACCCGAAACCUCCAUAUCCUGGGCUUCGCCAUUCAUUGCUUCCAUGUUGUUCCCGCCUACGGCCAGUGCCGGCACCCGCUGCAUUGCGCUGUGGCUCUUUCUCUCCACCAAGGGAGGGGGGCCCAGGCGUCCUUUUUCGAAGUAGGAGAACGCUCGGACGGACGUUAAACGUCAUGCCAACGGCCCAUUCUCGUCCCAGCACAACGAGUAAUCUCGUUCCACGUCCAAGAAAUAAGACACCGGGAAAUCCCCAGGAAUUCUUGUGACUCUUCACACCAUAGUAGCACCAUCAUUCUCACAAACCAAAAAUCUGCAUAGUAACAACUCGAUCAGCAAUUAUUGCUCGCCUGAGAUAUCACCACACCCAGCACACCACUCGCCAAGCAUAUUCCGAAUACCGGCUAUACCACAGUAGUACACUUCCACUGCAUAUACAGUACCCAUCCCCCGCAUAUCUCAUCAGCCCCGCGCGAGAA